AUGGAUCUCUCUGCACUUCGAAGUUCGGGCAUAACCAAAUCAAACAGGCAAGGUCGUCGACCAGGUAAAUCAGCCUGCACGGCCUGCCACAUCCGCAAAAAGCGAUGUGAUGCUGCCCCGCCACACUAUCAAUGCACAUUCUGUCGCAAAGAGGAUCAAUUGUGCAUACCCCGUGACUCAGUUGAAAGGCAUACCCGGGACCGGAUUCUCAACCGCAACCCCAAAACAAACCUCACCAGUUGCACAAUAGAUAAUCAAAGCCACAAAGAAAAAGUUGCUCCUGUACCGCUAGGAAUCGACCACGAGAUACCCCGCUGGAGUGCGUUGUACUCGUGCUACUCGGAGAUGCAGCGGUUGCUGCCCCCUUCCGUCUUCCCGUCUCCCUCCCCUUCGCCCGAGAUCGAGAUCGAGGAAGGCAAUCCACCCGCCUCGUAUAGGUCAAAUUUCAAUGAGAAAGAGGCACCGGCCCCGGAGAUGAAGUCUGCAAAGCCCCAUCCACCUGGGCUGAAAGGUGGCUGUGCUGAUGAAAGUCAUAUGAAGAGAAUCAACAAGCCAGCUUUGCAGACUCGGAGUGUAUCUUCACCAUCUCGGGGACAGGUAUAUUCAAGGCAGACAUUGAGCGCGGCUGAUAUUAUGCACGGCGAGAGUGAUAGAGACAUUGGCAUUGCCAAUGAUGUUUUUAUGAACGACCUUGAUGCAUUGCUUAGAUUCUGA